CUGAAAAGGCGAGGAAACGGAAGGGAGGUUUGCAGUGUAGCAGUAAACUCUCCACCAACAAGUGGUGCCGGAUUUUUGUCAGUCUCUUCUUUCCUUCCUCGCGCUGUACCCAAUACUGCCAGCCCUCCUUCCCUUCUCUCCUCCCGUAGCAGCAGUUUCUUUUUUCGCCCCUCCGAAACCCUAUUCUCUUGCCUGAAUUCCGAGCUCCUCCGCCAUUUCCACCUGAAUCCAGCUCCCCCCACGGCGUCGCUUGGUUCAGGAUUUUCGGUUUCUUGACCGAAACCCUGGCGGUGUAGGAUGGAUGUCGAUAAGGAUAAAAGGAAUGGGAAGGUGCAUUUGAGGGAUUCGUCGUCCCAGGAUGCUUUGCGUACCUACAAGAGACGCCGGCAGCAGGUACAAACGCAAGAGGAGCCACAGCCGCAGCAUGGGCAGGAGCAGGAACCACAGCAGCAGCAGCAGCCGCAGCAGGAGCAGGAGCCGCAGCCACAGCCACAACCUCAGCCUCAGCCUCAGCCGGAGCCCAAGCCCAACACUGUGGAUGUUCCAGAGCAGCAGGUUACUGAUAGUUUUUGGAAAAGUAGGGAUAUUGGCUGGAAACAUGGUAUAAUGAUUGAUGAAAACAGACAGCAUUGGAAGUGUAUGUAUUGUCACCUGACUAGAUAUGGUGGUGGUGUCUCUAGACUCAAACGGCAUCUUGCUGGUGAUUUGGAUGUCAAAAUGUGCCCAAAGGUUCCACCAGAUGUUGCUGAAAAGAUAAGGGAGCAUUUACAGAAGAAAAGAGAGAGACGGAAGAAGAAAGCUGCACGGAAGGGUGAUAAAGUGAAGACCAGGAGCUUUGCAAAUGAUACCGAUGCUGAGAAGGAUCCUUUACCAGUUGAUUUGGAGUUGCCAACUCAAAUAGACACUUCUGUUCUUGAAGAAGUCACUAACCAGACGAUUGAGGAUCAUCAGGAGCCUACUCUUCUCAGGGCUCCCCUGUUAUUACGAGGGGUAAGAGAUAUUGGGUGGGAGCAUGCGGUGGAUCUUGAUGGAAAUAAAAGGCGGUGGCAGUGCAAGUGGUGUGAUUUGUGUCGAAGUGGCGGUGUAACUACAUUGAAGGCUCAUCUUACUGACGGUAGCUGCCCGAAAAUUCCAAUGGAAAUGUCAAAGAAAGUACUGAACUUUCUUGAAGAGAAAAGAGCAGCACGCCAUCUUUUUAAUAGCAAUCCAUGGCCUGCUGAGUUGAAAAAGAAUGAUGGGCCUAGUGUUUUUAGCCCAAAAUCAGAAGAGGAAGGGACUGUAUCAUGUAAGAAUGAUCAGCAAGCUUCAAGAAAUCCUAUGCAUAUGCAAAUAUCAGAGAAGUGCACAACUAAUGAGUUGCCAGCUCAAAGCAACCAAUGCGGUACAGAACACAGUGGUCAACUAGUCAAGGAGAAGAUAGCAGCAGCACACCAUCUAUCUAAUAGCAACAUGUCUGCUGAUGUUCUGCAAAGUGAUUGUCAUUCUAUUUUUAGCACUCAAUUAGAAGAGGAAGGGAGUGUACCAUGUAACAAGGAUCAUCAACCUUCAAAAAAUUAUAUGCAUAUGCACACAUCAGAGAAGAGUGCUAUGAAUGAGAUGGCAGGUCGAAGCAACCAAUGCGAUACAGAACAUAGUGGCCAACCACUUGAGGAUUAUGAUCGGUCAAAGAUCAGUGAUCAGCCAGACGAGCAGGGGCCAAUAGAGCAUGGUAGACACCAUGUACUAAACAAUGAGCACCCAGUUGUGGAUAAGAACACUGAGAACUCAGGAAACAAAGAGAUAUUGAAACAUCCUCGGAAAACUAGGUUCAACAUUCGGAAGCAUAUAAUUACUAUUGAUGAAAUCGCGAGGCAUUGGAGGUGUAGAUAUUGUGGCAUGGAUGGACAUGGUAAAACAUCUAGGCUACAUUAUCAUCUUGCUGGCGCGUUUCGUCAUCCUAAGUGCCCGAGUGUUCCUCCGGAAGUUUUUGCAAAGGCAAAACACCAUAUUCUAAUAAAGAGAAGACUAAGAAUGAAAAAGUCUGGGCAGCAAGCUUCUCCAGAGCCAAAAAUUAUUGGGCAAUCCAGUGUAAUACUGCAGAACAACAAUCCAGCAUUUGGCAAUCCUCCACAGCUGCCGAUACAUGAUUUAUCUAGCGAGGUGCAUUCCAAUUACCCGACAAGGCUGAGGGAUAAUGCAUGGGAACAUUCACUGAUUCAUGACAGAGAAAAAGGACACUGGAAGUGCAAGUGGUGCAGCUUAGAGGGUUAUCAUGGCAUAACUAGAUUAAAGUGGCAUCUUGUUGGCUGGAAAAAUCGUCCUCAAUGCCGUAAUAUUCCGGAAGAUUCCGCCAAAAGGAUAAGGGAUCAAAUGAUAUCAAGGGAGAAGAAGAAAGGGAAAAGAUCAGGUCCACAUGACGGUAUUGACAGUUGUGACAUGCUUUGCUCUUCUAAGGAUUUACAACCUGAUCAAGAGGAUUCCGCUAUAGCAAUACAGUCUAGGAGUUCUUCCCAAGCUUUUGGUGAAGCUAACAGAGCAUCAAAUGGAUGCAGCACGUUAUCCAAUACUAUGCCCGAUCCUCAGUCAAUCAUGGAGAUGGAGCGGCCUCAUAAAACAUUAUGUAGUAGCACUAACAAGUCUGAGAAGCAAACUGGAAGAAGUGACUGCUGGACUCACUGGAAGUAUGUUUUGAAUGGACUGAUGCUUUUGCCAGGCGUACAAGAGGGUGAUGGCAUUCAGAGUUGCAUCCGUGAUGUCCUUUAUGGUUGUGCUGAAUCCGGAACAGUUGGGGACAAAGUGGAGAUGCAUUCUGAUAUAACAGUGUCAAGCAAUGUGAAUAUUGCUGAGUGCAAGAAUGUUCUUGUCGACAUUUUAAGAUCAGAAAUUUUUGCCUUGCUGUGUAACGUGCUUCGCAAAGCUGUGCAUCAAGAUGAGGAAAGGACUAGCUAUUUUGAUUUUGGCAUGAUUGACUCUAGGAUGAAAAAUGGAGAUUAUGGGCGUGCACCUGGAUUAUUCAAAGAUGAUUUAAAAUUGUUAUGGGAAGAUGUUAAACUGGCUGGUCAAGAUAUUGUUGACCUAGCAAAUGGCCUUUCAAGCCUCACAGAAGCAUCGUACACAAAGAAGGUUGGAAGAGAGAGAGGAUCAUGUGAUAGUGAGAAGGAACUCAAGGGAGCUGCGGUGGCCAGCUCUGAACCCAAGAACUUGAUGGAAUCAAGUACACUGGUACCCUCAACCUCACAGGGGUUUCAGCAGUUGGACCAACCAGACCCAAUAGAUGUUUCUGAUGUACAAAUGGGCACUGCUUGUGACCAAUGUGGUAAAGAGGCGGGAGGGGUCAACACCAUCACAUGUAAUAGAUGCAAGCUAGUGUGUCACAUUUCAUGCAUUGAGCCUCCUGUGCCGACUGGAAGCUGGCAUUGCAAAAGCUGCAGCAGUACCACCUGGGAUGAGUCAGCUGAAGGUGGCAUGAGCAUAGUGCAGUAUGAACCAAAUCUCUUGCAUGGAAAUUGUGUCGCUUGCAAAGGACUUGAAGUUUGCAGGCCUGCAGAAUGCAAAGAAACUGUCAGCGAACGGACACCUGUUGACGAGUCAAGAGCAAUUGUGAUUUCUUGCACAGAGCCUGCCGAGGGUGAAGAACUGCCAAAUAUUGUUGUCGGUGGCUCAUGCAAGAUGUGUGGAACUCCUGAAGACGAUGACAAGAGAUUCCUCAUAUGUGGCCACAGCCACUGUCCAUAUAAGUACUACCACAUUCGCUGUCUGAAGUCUAAGCAGAUUGCUAGCAAGGUGCAGAGAGACAAACCGUGCUGGUACUGUCCAUCGUGCCUUUGUCGAGUGUGUCUUUCUGACGGAGACGACGAGCAGACCAUUCUGUGCGAUGGCUGUGAUGAGGCUUAUCAUCUCUAUUGCAUGACACCUCGCCGUACUUCGGUGCCAAAGGGCAAGUGGUAUUGCUCAUCAUGUAGCGUGGAGAGAGCGAAGGCGGGGAUGAGACAGUAUGAGAAGAAGAUGCUGAAACUCCACCGUAAGGACGACGCUCGGCUGCCAGACAGGAAUUUCGCAGCUGUGGACCUGCUGCUUUCUGCUGCAGAGAAGCUGAGUGCGGAUGAGGAUCAACUGGUGAGUCGUCCAGAUCAGUAGGGAUUGGCUACAUCUAUGCAAGAGACCUCACUACGUUGUAUCCUGGCCUCAUUGGUCUUCAGUUCUGCAUCAGGAUUUCUAUACUCUGCCAUCAGCUCAGACUUAAUCCUGCAGGAUGUUGGUCUUACCUGUCUUUUUUUUUUUUUUUGCUUCACCAUGAUGACUUGUUUUGUGCCGCUUCUGGGAGUUAGAACUUGAAGAGGUGUUGAGCAUUGCGGUACAAUCACAAUGAAUGGUUGUGUUGUUGAGACUUGAGAGGAAUUGUGUAACCUGUGAGGAUGUGUAAGGAAUUGUGUUGUUGGGAGGAUGGAUGACGAUCAGGUUACACAAUUCUUACUACCCGUCAAUCCUCCUGCCCAUACCCGUGUGGUGUGGUGUGCAAAAGUUCAAAAGUUCAAAAGUUGUCGUCUUUAUAGAUCAACUUCGCUCACAAAUAAGCAUGUGUACACAUAAAGACAC